AUUGUAAUAUUCUUGUCCACGCCGAGGUCCAGACGAGAUUUCAUCCCUUGCUUCGGUACGGCCGCCUGCUAAAAAAAAAGUCUUCAAUAUGGCGAUAAUAGCCGUACGCGAUGAGUUCAAAGAUGAGGGAAAUAUCGAAAUCCCGGAGUCUCCUAUCUCCGGGCAGCUCACUAGCACCACUGAACGCCGAUUAAUGACCAAGAUCGAUCUCCAUGUUCUGCCGGUGCUAUGCGUGCUCUAUUUGAUGGCUUUCCUUGACCGGGUGAACAUUAGCAAUGCGGCGCUGUUUGGGCUUCAGUCAGAUCUGAAUAUUGUUAAGGGAACAAAGUAUAACACCGCUCUUACGAUUUUUUUUGUGCCGUAUAUCAUCUUUGAGGUACCAUCAAAUAUUUUGCUCAAAAAGCUAAAGCCUCAUGUGUGGCUUUCUUUUUGUAUGGCGAUGUUUGGAUUCACCAUGGUGAUGCAGGGACUUGUUCAGAAUUGGGGGGGCCUGAUGGCCACACGCUUCUUCUUAGGCGUUUUUGAAACAGGCAUGUUUCCUGGAUGUUUCUACCUAUUGUCAUGCUGGUACAAGAGAAGCGAAGCCCAAAAGCGCUUUUCCUUCUUCUUUAGCUCCACCACCCUUGCCGGUGCCUUUGGUGGACUAUUAGCUUACGGAAUUGGCCAAAUGGGCGGAAUUCGUGGGUACAGUGCUUGGCGUUGGAUUUUUAUCAUCGAAGGAUUACUCACCAUAGUCAUCGCUGUCAUUGCAUUUUGGAUCAUACCUGAUUUUCCGGAAACUGUUACUUGGCUUAAUGAAGAGGAACGCAGCUUUAUUAAAGCCAAGCUAGAGAAUGAUGUCGGGAAAUCUACUCAUUCGCGUUCUAUCACCUUGAAAGAUACUCUCAAUGUCUUUAAAGACUAUAAGAUAUUUUUUGCAGCACUGGCAUAUUUCGGGCUCAUUGUACCAGCUUACGGAUAUGCUUAUUUCGCAAAUUCCAUCAUCAGAACAUACGGAUACAACGCUGUAAAUACUCAACUAUGGUCUAUUCCACCAUGGGCAGCUGCAUUUGUCUUUUCUCUUUUCGUAGCGUACUGCUCUGAUAAGUUACGUCACCGCUUCACGUUCGGCAUUGUCUCGAUUUGUAUAUCCAUCGCCGGUUUUGCUAUGCUACUUAACAUUCGAAAUCACCCACAUGUACAGUAUGGAGCUUUGUUUCUGGUGACAUCAGGAACCUACUCGGCGAUGCCCAUCGUCAUCUGUUGGUUCGCUAUGAAUCUAGGCGGACACCAUAGGAAGGCCGUAGCUACGGCAUUCCAGAUUGGAUUUGGAAAUAUUGGCGGCAUUAUUUCGACCUAUUCCUUCUUCCCUCCUAACUACAGAACCGGUUACAUCGUUUCCAUAUCCUUCUCAUGUCUGUCAGCUGCAGCAUGUAUUAGCUAUGUGAUUUCUCUUUGGCAUGCAAAUCGCCAACGCGAUCGAAAUGCUGCUUUGGGUAAUGCCGAGGCAAUGAUCAGCGGCCAACAAGAUGAAGAGGAAGAAAAUCUGGGAGAUUUAGCGCCGAGCUAUCGCUAUACUUAUUGAUACUGGAAAGGCUGAUAUGUGGGAGUAGGUAUUGAUAUCAACAAAUACAUCCAAUUAAUCUCAGUAUUCGACUCGUUGGUUAUCAAUGUAAUGUUCAAUAUUAAAUAUUUCCUAUAUAGCGUAAAGUGUCCUCGGCGGAUAGCUUCCCACUAAGCAUUCCCGUAAGAGGCGACCAAAGAAUUGCU